CCAGGGGAACGCUGCAAGCUUCGACUUGGGGAACGAAGGCGACCCGGGGCGCGUGUGUAAAUCAGUCACCUGAGCGCAGAGGGGCCGCGGCGAGGGCGCGCGCGGGCGGGCGGGGAGAGGCGGAGGCGGCUCAAGCGGCGGCCGGGAGGAAACCGGGAGGGGGAGGGAAAGAAAGGCCGAGACUGAAGGAGCGAGAGGCGGCCGAGGGGCUGGUCCAGGCACGGCCGCUAAGAGGAGACCAAGAGGCGGGGGCUGCACUUGACAACCAGCAUGCCGAGAUGAUCAACAAAAGGAAUUCUUGGGUCCUAGAGACCAAAGAAAGAAUCAGCAGGAGUGCCCAGGGUGAAUUGAUGGAUUGGAGAGCCUGGCUGUCAGAAGAGGCAGAAGUGGAUGUGAGAGAAAGAGAGACACAGAGAGACAGAGAGCCAAAGAGGGCAAGAGACUUGACUUUAAGAGACUCCUGUACUGACAACUCCAUGCAGUUCGGAACCAGAACGACUGCGGCUGAACCAGGGUUCAUGGGGACAUGGCAAAACGCUGAUACUAACCUUUUAUUCAGAAUGUCCCAACAGGUUCCAGUGGCAUGUGCUGGCAGAGUGCUGGGUGCAGACUUCUGCCCAAACCUGGAGGAACCAGACCAGAGGCUGGAAGUCCAGGCCAUCCGUUGCACACUGGUAAACUGCACGUGUGAAUGUUUUCAGCCGGGGAAGAUUAACCUGAGGACUUGCGAUCAGUGUAAACAUGGCUGGGUGGCACAUGCCUUGGAUAAGCUCAGCACCCAGCACCUGUACCACCCCACGCAAGUGGAGAUUGUGCAGUCCAACGUAGUGUUCGACAUCAGCAGCCUGAUGCUCUAUGGGACACAAGCGGUGCCCGUGCGGCUAAAGAUCCUGCUGGACCGUCUCUUCAGUGUCCUGAAGCAAGAGGAGGUGCUACACAUCCUGCACGGCCUGGGCUGGACUCUGCGGGACUAUGUUCGAGGGUACAUCCUUCAGGAUGCUGCCGGCAAGGUGCUGGACCGCUGGGCCAUCAUGUCUCGAGAAGAGGAAAUCAUCACCCUUCAGCAGUUUCUGCGGUUUGGAGAAACUAAAUCCAUUGUAGAGCUGAUGGCAAUUCAGGAGAAGGAAGGGCAGGCCGUGGCUGUACCAUCUUCAAAGACAGACUCAGACAUAAGGACUUUCAUUGAGAGCAAUAAUCGCACCAGGAGUCCCAGCCUCCUUGCUCACCUAGAGAACAGCAACCCUUCCAGCAUUCAUCACUUCGAAAACAUCCCCAACAGCCUUGCAUUUCUGCUUCCAUUCCAGUACAUAAACCCAGUCUCAGCCCCACUGCUAGGGUUGCCACCAAAUGGGCUACUGUUAGAGCAGCCAGGACUGAGGCUGCGGGAACCAAGCCUGUCAACCCAGAAUGAAUAUAAUGAGAGCAGCGAAUCUGAAGUAUCUCCUACACCUUAUAAGAACGAUCAGACUCCCAGUAGAAACGCCUUGACCAGCAUUACUAACGUGGAGCCCAAAACUGAGCCACCCUGCGUAUCACCCAUUCAGAAUUCUGCCCCAGUCAGUGAUCUGACCAAAACUGAACACCCAAAAAGUUCAUUCCGGAUUCACCGGAUGAGAAGAAUGGGGUCAGCCUCUAGGAAAGGAAGAGUGUUCUGUAAUGCUUGUGGGAAGACAUUCUAUGAUAAAGGUACUCUCAAAAUUCAUUAUAAUGCUGUUCACCUGAAGAUCAAACAUCGAUGCACCAUUGAAGGUUGCAACAUGGUCUUUAGCUCCCUCCGAAGCCGUAAUCGCCACAGUGCAAACCCCAACCCCCGCCUUCACAUGCCUAUGCUGAGGAAUAACCGAGACAAAGAUUUAAUUCGGGCCACGUCAGGAGCUGCCACCCCCGUCAUAGCAAGUACAAAAUCAAAUCUCACACUCACCAGUCCUGGCCGUCCCCCAAUGGGUUUUACCACUCCCCCACUAGAUCCUGUUUUACAGAGUCCUCUGCCUAGUCAGCUGGUAUUUUCUGGGCUAAAGACUGUCCAACCAGUUCCUCCAUUUUACAGAAGUUUACUCACUCCAGGAGAAAUGGUGAGCCCUCCCACCUCCAUUCCAACCAGUCCCAUCAUUCCAUCCAGUGGUACCAUAGAGCAGCACCCACCACCACCCUCUGAGCCAGCAGCACCAGUAGUGAUGAUGGCCACUCAUGAGCCCAGUGUUGACCUGGCCCCCAAGAAGAAGCCCAGGAAGUCCAGCAUGCCUGUGAAGAUUGAAAAAGAAAUUAUUGAUACUGCUGAUGAGUUUGAUGAUGAAGAUGAUGACCCAAAUGAUGCUGGAGCUGUGGUAAAUGACGUGAGCCACGACAAUCAUUGCCACUCCCAAGAGGAGAUGAGUCCAGGCAUGUCAGUGAAGGACUUUUCUAAGCAUAGCAGGUCCCGGUGUAUUUCAAGGACUGAAAUAAGAAGGGCUGACAGCAUGACUUCUGAGGAUCAAGAACCUGAGCGGGAUUAUGAGAAUGAGUCUGAGUCUUCAGAGCCCAAACUAGGUGAGGAGUCCAUGGAGGGGGAUGAGCACAUUCACAGUGAAGUGAGUGAGAAAGUCCUGAUGAACAGUGAGAGGCCUGACGAGAACCACAGUGAGCCCUCUCACCAGGACAUCAUCAAGGUGAAGGAAGAAUUCACAGAUCCCACUUACGACAUGUUUUACAUGAGCCAGUAUGGACUGUACAAUGGUGGGGGAGCCAGCAUGGCUGCCCUGCACGAAAGUUUUACAUCGUCUCUGAAUUACGGCAGCCCUCAAAAGUUCUCCCCAGAAGGUGACCUGUGUUCUAGCCCUGACCCCAAAAUCUGUUAUGUGUGCAAGAAGAGUUUCAAAAGCUCCUACAGUGUGAAGCUUCACUAUAGGAACGUUCACUUAAAAGAGAUGCAUGUCUGCACAGUGGCUGGCUGCAACGCUGCCUUCCCCUCUCGCCGAAGCCGAGACAGAAACAGAAACUUACGGAUGGAAAGAACCGUAGGUCCAGGACAUCGAGACAGCCUGCAUCUCCGUAGACACAGUGCCAACAUAAAUCUGCAUCGUAAACUGUUGACCAAAGAACUCGAUGACAUGGGCCUGGACUCAUCGUCGCAGCCCUCCCUUAGCAAGGACCUCCGGGAUGAAUUUUUGAUGAAGAUCUAUGGAGCCCACCACCCCAUGGGGCUCGACGUCAGGGAAGAUGCCUCCUCUCCCGCAGGGACGGAAGACUCCCACCUGAACGGGUAUGGGAGAGGCAUGGCGGAGGACUAUAUGGUCCUUGACCUGAGCACCACCUCCAGCCUCCAGUCCAGCAGCAGCAUCCAUUCCUCCAGAGAAUCCGACGCAGGCAGCGACGAGGGGAUUCUUCUUGACGACAUUGACGGGGCGAGUGACAGUGGGGAGUCGGCGCACAAGGCCGAGGCCCCUGCCCUCCCUGGCAGCCUAGGGGCUGAAGUUUCAGGAUCUCUGAUGUUCAACAGUUUGUCCGGGAGCAAUGGUGGGAUUAUGUGCAACAUUUGCCACAAAAUGUACAGCAACAAGGGGACCCUGAGAGUGCACUACAAAACUGUGCAUUUGCGAGAAAUGCACAAGUGCAAAGUCCCUGGUUGCAAUAUGAUGUUUUCCUCUGUGCGAAGCCGAAAUCGGCACAGUCAGAACCCUAAUCUCCACAAAAACAUUCCCUUCACUUCAGUAGAUUAGUCUCAGAACGGACACUACAAAUGCCAGCUCUCACCAGACGGCCUACAUAUUUGAACUGCCACAGUCAGUGUGUGCUUGUGUAUUUCAGUGUGUGUGUGUAUACACAUGUAUGCCUCUCCAUUCAUACACACACACACCUAUUUUCUUUUCUUUAGAUAUAAAAAGAUAAACACUAAGUGCUUUUGAAACUUUUUUUCCUUUAUAGUUUUGGAAAAGGUGGGAGGGAUCUUUCAUUCAGGGGUGAAAACUAAGUACCCUUUAAAUACACAUACACACACAUGCACACACACACACACACACACACAGCGUUCAAGUAGCCCAAAUUUUGACAAUAAUAAUUCCUGGUCCUCUCCAAAGAGACAGUUUGUACCCAUGACUGUUGCCUGCAAAUAAAAUAAAAGGGAAAAAAAGAAAAAAAGAAACAAGGAACUUCUGAAUAGGUGUCUUUUGUGAAUUUGAAGGUUUUGAGAGAAUCUUCAACUAAAGCAUGGCAGAUUCACCUGUAAAUAUUUAGCCUUGAGAGGCCAAUGAUGUAAAACAAUUGUAUUGAUGUUGUUUAACUCUUUUGUUUAAUUUUUACAGUUACAUCCCGCUGUUAGAUAUGCAGGAAAAAAUAGUUUGCUGGCUAGCUCUAUUCAUUUAUGUUAGCAUUAAUGCACAUUUAAAAAAAAACCAUGGUCUUGUUUUUACUACCUGCUAGAUAUAGUGAUGAAGAGGUGCUGGCAUGCUUUUCAGCACAGAUCUGAUUUUUUUAAAUGUCCUGUACUAGUACAUAAAUCCAGUCAUGCACUUUUUUUCAUACACUACAAGGGGAUGUGUAAUAUCCAUGCUUCUUUUUAUCCUUAAACUAUUGCCAUACUUCAAAUAAGUGUCUUUUAAAAAAAUUCACUUGUAUAAAAAUGGUCUGGUCAGUAUAGGGCACAAAUGCCAAACAAAAGUAUUAGUGUUAACACAAAACUGCCAACUUUGCACAAGUUUCCAGAAAAGAAAAUACAAUUAGUCACUCAACAUAACCACAGGCCAAUUUGUCGGCCACCAGAAAACCGCUUAAAAAAAAACACUUGGUGAUUCUUUCAAGUGCCGAAUGUUAUUAGAAUCAACAUUGCAUCCUUCUUGCUUAUAUGUUAAGUUACAUAAAAGGAAAACAAAAUUAUGUGGUGUGAAACAGCCAAGGCAUUUAUUCUUUAGAGGCAGGAUAAUAUUUCAGGAUACAAAAGCCCAAAUUACUCACUGUGGAACAAAGCUGCAUACAGCAGAAGGGUUGAACACAUUUCCAAGGACCUAACCCUUAUCCUUUAAAAGAAAAAAAGUCCAAACUGGGCUGGUCUGUUGUGUGGCUGUCUAAUCUGACGCAAGUUCUUCAGCAGCAGUGUGAUUCAGCCCGUUUGAUAGACAAAAUCGAAAGACAUUUAACAGCAGCCGUACUUUGAAGCUUUGAAAACACGUGCUGAACUUGAAUUGAGCAACACUCCUUUCUGAAAAGCCAGAAGAACAGGGGUUUAAAACAGGAUCUCUCACUGUUUAGUGUUCUACGCUUCCCCCACACGAUUUGGCAGAAAAAAAUGAAAGCAAGCCUAAAACCAAGCAAUUGAGAGUGAGAAGGGGGAGGGUGGGGAGAUGAUUCUCCAAAGCUUUUUUGUUUUGUUUUGUUUUGUUUCCGAUGUUUACACAUGUUGCCUGAGCUGGUUAACCACAUCGGCAGCCUCAGCUACCACAACAUACUGACUAAAUGAUGAUAUUUACUCAAGUUCAGUCGGCAGCCAAAACCAUUAGGGUGUGCAGUGCAGACUGUGUUGUGUUGUUUUUGGUUUUUUGUUUUUUUUUUAAGUGAAGGGGGGAGAGAUAAACAAGGAAUAUGUUGUCAAACAGUACACAGUAAUUUCAAGAGAAUGUAUUUCUUUUUUGCAUUUAAUGGCCUCAAACAUUUCUCAUUAGUCUAAAAGUUAGAAAUACCCCCUUUGUUUUAACUUUUCAUGUCAUUUCCAUUUUUCAUAUGUUUUGUAAUUAUUUUUUUCUGUGUUCACAUCAGCACUCACUUCCGUUAAAUUUGCCAAAGGAAACUGUUAAUAUGUUUCUGUUGUUAUUAUUCCUAUAGGAUUUAUUGUGCCUCACAGUAUUUAUUGUUUCCAAAAAGAAGCAUCAAUAGUUGAGAAUUCAGUAUUUUUAUUUGUGAAAAGUUCAGAAACAAUAGAUUCUUAAAGAUAAGCUACAUGUGUCUAUUAGCUUUAUCUUUUCAUCUCCUUCAGAGAAUGCUUUGUGGUUCCUUUAAUUCAUCACCUGUUCUACCAUGAGGAAAAACCAAAAUUACUUGCAGUACAAAAGAAACCUUAUUAAACACUAUAUCUCUUAAAUGACAAAUGUUUACGGUAAAAAGCUGAGGAAUUAGUAAUAACCAUUUUUGUUUUCUUGUACCUUUGAAUUUCCCAAAGUCUUAAUUACUUUAUUUUCAUGUUUUGUUAAAUUGAAUAGACAGAGAUGUUUUCUUUUGUUUUAUACCAUAUAAGACUCUGUACAGUAUGUUUGUGAAAGAUUGAACUAGAAUAAUGAAAGUUUGUUUGCAAACAUUUUGGUCCUCUUAGCGUUCUCUCUGUUGCGCUGUUGCCCCAUUAUCAGAUGGUUCAGUUCAAAAAGGGUGGGGGAAAUACUGUGUCCCAACAAAAGAUUUUAGAAACACUAGCUUUUGGAGUGUGCAUAGAGAGAAUUAUACCCAGUUUUAUGAAAUAACACACUUUUAUUUUAGCAACUUUAAAAGUUACACUCUUGGUUGAGAUAUGUGAAUUCAUCUUGUACAAAAUCAGUGUUUGGUCUGUUUAAUUUAAUGUCAACUAAAAGGUCAGAUAGCCCUGGUGAGUGAAUUACAUAGCUGUCAGCAGGUCACAUCAGCAGAUGAACUGGGUUCAGAGCUCAUGUUUGUUACUUGCCACACACUGGGCUAAUGUGGAUAGCCAGUUACAAGACCAGAAGCAGUGAGAUUCUCAAAGUGGUAUUUUUCUUAUGCUCAGAAACAUAAAAGUGCAGCUGCAUUUUGUCAGAGAAAUGGCAAUGGCAAUGAGUCCUAGAAAUUCACCCUGUCUAAGUAUCUUCUCUCCGACUUGCUACUAUUCCUGUGCCUCCAGCGCCUGAAUGUAAUGGUGGCCUUCUGAAGGGGUGAAUAUUUUCCAGUGCGAAACCUGUUUGCUUAAUAGGGGUGGGGGGUGCGGGUAGAAGUGGUACAUGACAGGUACAGUCAUGAAAUGUGCAAUGCCUUUAGUCCCAAAGUGUUGCUUGUUCUUGGGUGUGUGCCUGAGUGCAGUGUGGAAAUGACAAGUCUGGUCACGAUGGUGAUCCCAAGGUUUGUUUGCAAACAGGAAGUAGUAAGAGACCAGCAUUUCCAUCACUGAGCCCUUCCUCUUGCUCAGUCCUACGCAUUUGUUUUCUCACACAGAUUCCUAUUGUGAGAUAGUUUCUCUCUGGCUGCAUCUGUUCUAUACUGGCUGAAAAUUAAUGGUGACGCUGACUUUCCUCUAAGCAGCUUUCCCCCAUUUCGUUGGUCUUAAUCAGAGUUUUGUCCCAGGUACAAAAUUAGGUAGUGUUAUUGAUGUGCAUGUUUAGUAGGCGAUGUUGAAACUUACCGAUUUGAUCGUUUUAUUUUAAACUAUUUUUGUGACUAUCAGAAAAGCUUCUUCUUCUGCUAUGGAGAAUAUGGGCAUGCUAUGGAGGGGUGUGACAAAGAACAGGGAAACAGCUGGGUAGUGAGUAAUUUGAUUUUUAAAAUGUGAUCAGAACCUUGACACUCCUGGCUCUGCUAUUAUCUGUAUUGAAAUAAUUCAAUGCAGUGUAACACAUUUCAGGUCUUGGUCCAGCCACCCAGUUCAGCCUCCUGCCUUUUAAAGGUUAAGAGGUGUUAAUAUUUUCCUUCUCAAUAUGAUAAACAUCUUUUUAAAAAAUGUUUUCAGCACAAGGGUGCCACUGUCUUUGCAGUGUAUGACUCCUUUUCUUGGGAAUUUCCAGGCCAUGUCAGUAAGAGGAGGAAGGUGCUCAACUGGUUAACAGCCCCAUUAGUGUAUACACUGCUCUUGGAAAAAAGGGGGGAAAAAAAGCUUUGACUAUAUGAAGAAUGGGCUGUUCCACAGACAUUCUCCUCGUUUUACUCAGGAGCAACCAUGCAUUAGGUUCUCACCAAAUAAAAUAAAUGUGAUCUUUUGUUCCCCAUCCCGUGUACGCACCCCAGAUGUGUGCCAGGCAGAUGAGAAUGGGGGCCCUUGGCAAUGAGAACAUGAAGCCAGUAACCAGAUGGAGGUGGACAUGCCGCUGACUACUAACAGUUGGCCUGAGCAGCCCUAACUUGUACUUGGCCUGUUAGUGUUGAGUUAGAUUGACUAACAGAGUAAAUGAAACUCAACUUUAAAAAGACAUGCUACAUCUGCUAUCAUAAAGAAACAAAUCACCCAGAAAAAAACUUACAUUCUUUCUAUCGAUGCAUUACUUUUCUCAAGAACUUCUUUUUUAAAAUUAUGACUAGCAAAUUUCAUUUUUAAAGAAUCACUUAUAUUCCCCCAAACUCAGAAUGUUAAUAUAAAAGAAUUUAGUUUUUCUUUCUCAUUCUUUGUUUUUUAAUGGGGUGGGGGCAUCUCAACAAGUAAGAAGGACAAUAAGAGGCAGGGGCCAGGGAGACUGGAGGGCAUCACGGCUUUCCCAAAAGCCCAGGGAGUAAGGCAUACUCAGUAGAGGACUCGUGCCUGUCCUGUUUGAGAGUAGCUACAAAAGAAAAGAGGUGAUGCACUAGAAGUGCGUUCAAGAGAAAAGUGUGGCACAACCCUGCCCAGCAGUGGGUGAAACCAUUGAGAUGCAGUGCCCCGUGACAGGUGCAGCACCGAACCCCAGUCUGAGGACUGAGGAAAACAAGAGCAGCUACGUGAAAUAGCUCAAGUGCCUUAGGACCAGGAGAACCAACAAGGCAUUUGUGGGGUGGCGGGGUCAGGUGGGAGGGGUUCUUACUCUCUCUUUGGAGUGGGAAGUGAUGCUGGAGUCCCUUAGGAAGCAAAAAGAUGUGAUGGGUCAACCUAGGGUAUAGCAAAGGCCGUGGUCGAACCUAGCUCUGACCGUGACAAGUGGAGUGGCAGUUAGGGGUAGCCAGCACAGAUCUGUUCUUUUCCAUCAUUAUUUUUGCUCGCCCCUGUAGCUAAGGUUGUAAUGCUACUCAGCUAAAGUUCUCUUGAUCAAGAUGUGUGCUCAUUUACCUUCCUACGAAGCAUCCCCAAGUAACUUCUCUGUUUUCACAUCUUCCCUCAAAGCUCAACUGUGUGCUGUAAUCUUAUUUAGGUCAGUAUUAAGGCCACAUCUGAUCUGUCCCAGACUCAUUUCCGUAUUUUCUAUAGUUGGAGAGUUGCUCACUGUAAAUGGUAAUUUUCAAUUAGUGUUAUGUAAAUCCAGCUAUAAAACUGAGCAGUGAAUUAAUUUAUCAUCACUGUUGCCCAGACCCCCAUUCAUCCUUCUGUCAUCCUUAUUGCCCUCACGUCUGCACAAAGUGAUGUUUGUGGUCAUUUGGCAAUAGCUGGACAUCAGUACUGUCUUUUGGCAUUUGUUGAAAAAUCCAAAUGCCUAAUAACAGGGAGUUUUAAAAUAAGCAUUUUUACAAGUACACUGAAUUGGAUCAGCAUUAUUAUUGGUCUGUAUGUAUUUUUGGAACAACAUACUAUCGUUGUCAUAAAACUAUCUUUAUUCUUCUUCUCUAAAAUGUUGUAAAUUCAUUUGACCUUUACUGCAAAAAAAAAAAUCUUUUUUUUAUAUAGAGUAUCAAGACAAGGUUCAGUUUGUAACAAAUAAUGGACCAUUACAAAAGAGGAAAGGGAAAAGCCUGGGCUGAGCAGUGAGAAGCUUCAGUUCAAUUUCACCUCAUAUCUUUCUAAUAACUUACUUGUCACUUUAUUACCUUCCAGUAAUGUGAACGCUGCUGACAAGACUGUCACACUAACAGCAGACAACACCCUCUCUGCCUCAGCCCCAGCUCUCCUGGCUACUUAUUGCCCUGGCCCUGAAGGGACACAAACUAAUAGUGUGCUUUCCCGUUCAGCACUUGGCCAUCAAAUAUAAAAGGAUGCGUAAUUGCCUGUUUAUCCCUUGUGAAGGGGAAAUUGAGUACAAGGGCUAGGCUUUCCCACUGAGCUCCCUGAGGUACAAACAUUCACAAUCAGUCUCCCCCCCCACCCUUCUUCCACUUCUCCCCACCCCCUACCCCCGGCCCCACCACUUAAGCUCACACACACACACACCCCUACGAAACUGCAUCUUUGGUAAGCCCAGGGCUGCCUCUAGAUGUCCUCUCCAGCUAUUAAGUGGAUGGUAACAAGAUGACUUCUAAAAUAAAGGGUCAGUAGAGAGAUGCUGGCUCUGACAGCAUUCUCUGCAUCUUUGGAGCUUAAGUGUGUACUUGCUCGCCCAUCCUUCCGGGGAGAACUGGGUGUGGCCUUCGAAUUAAAGCAAAGUUUCCCACAAGCCAGUGGCACACACAGCAUCAGGUUGCCCCAUAAUCUCCAAGGACAGCAUUAAAACAUAUUUCUUCCCCUUCAAAAAGUUCACAUUGUAAACAAAGUUAUUGUAUAGGGUGGUAAAAAAAAAGUGUCCUGUUGUUUUUAGCUUUGGCAACCAACCAUCGGUCUAAGUGAGCACACGUGUCUCUCAGUGGAACUAACCCCCAUUUUGUUAAACUGCACUGACGGGGUGACAGGAAGGGUAUGGGGAUUUCGACUUUAAUCUCUAAAACGGAGACUACCUAUACAUACAAGUUAAACUCUCCACUUUGGGAGAAUUCUCGUGGAGUACAAGUAGAGUGACUUGACUUUACUCUAAAACCAGGUGAUGAGGGGACACAGGCACAAAGGAAGAACAUGUGGAAGUGUUAUAUUCCAAAAUGCUCUGAGUCCAGAUAACGUGGAGGUACUGCGUUUGGCUGCAAUUUUUGUAUAUCGAACUACUUGCAUGAUGGUUGAAAAGGGCUAGUUGGUAAAGAAAUGAAGUGCACAGUCUAUUUGUGAGCCUUCCGCAUGGAGCUCAGGGACUCCAUGCUUCCCGCUGCCCCACCGCAGGUCUGAUGGAUGCUGUUGACCGGGGCCAUGGCCAGCCACAUUGCAAAUACAUUCUCAACCAAGUAAGACACAUGUGGGGGUCACCUUUUGAGGUUGACUCGUGGGAAGAGAGAACAGUAGAUUUAGAGAUAGACAACUGAACAGGUCUCAUCUGACAAACCUGUGCUGAGUAAUUUCAUUAACCAGUCGGAGCACUGGGGAGAAAAGCACUUUGAGCAAGGGUUCUUGGAGUCAGAGGAAAAGCACUUAACCUGAUGUUUUUUAAGUUCCUCCUGUACGUAUGUAUUACAAUAAUUUCUCAAACAUCACAUUAGAAACUUUAAUUAAAAACUCAGUUGCCAAAAUUGCACAGAUUCUGCUAAUAUUACUAUUAGCAUUUCUUCCUUUAAAGAACAGGGAUGCGUAAGGACAUUUCUAAUUUUUAAUGCUUUCUUUAGCUUCAUUUUUUAAAAAUAAUCUUUGAAGAGAAGGAAGAACAGGUUAUUUUAACAAAAAUGGAGAGACAUAGUAUAAAAAUAUAUUUCUUGAAGAGAGAAGAGUAUCUAAGUGCUAUACCAAGACUUUAUAUGGCUUCCUGUUGCCAAAUAUGAUGUUGAAAUAAUGCACAACUACAAUGGCAAAUCAAGCCAUUAGUAACCAGCUCUGUGCACUCCUGUUAGGGAACGCAAGGACUGGGAGGUGACGAGGGAGCCCCUUAGGGUGUGAGAGAGCUGCACUCAUCUGGCCCUGCAACUGUUCCCCAAAAGAGGGGGAGGAACCCCUGCACCCUUGUAGUUUCCCUGCAACGUGAGCUGACUGGCACUGUUUCUGUAGGAGGCUCGCUGCCUGCCUUUUCCGUGCUAGGAGACAUGGCGUCUCCCGCCCGUGAGAAGCAUUGAUUCAUGAGGUAUGAUGUUCUUGAACUCCCAGUGUGCUGAGUUAAUAGGUUCACUUGAGAUGUAUAAACCAAGGUUGAUUGUUUAUUUUUUUUCAUCUAGUACUCAAUUUGAAGCGUUUUUGCAUGUCUUUGUACAGAGUAAUCCAUUCCUCUCAUUGCCUAUCUUAAUCUCCCCUGACUUUUCCAUUAUCUUUCCACUCCCUCCCGUUGCUCUUCUGAUCUCACCCACCCCCUUAAAAAAAAAAAAAACAAAAAAAAAACAAACUCUUUUUUGAAGCAAGAAGGUAGAACAUGCCUUCAUCCUGACUUUGAUCGCUUUGGAAACAUUUGUAUGCUCUGCCCUGUCCAGGGUUUACAUAACAUGAAUUAAGUGAAUGAGAUGUUCUAGUAUUAUAUAUUAACCUGAUAUGACUAUCGAAGAUUUAUAAUAUAUGGUGCACUUACUUUCCUGUGCAAACUUUGGUUCAGCUGCCCUGCAGAGAAUCUUACCAUUUCCCUACCGAUGCCAGUAUGAAACAUGCAGGAGAGCUAAAAGUGGGUACACGGAGAUCAGAGGAGGGGAACAAAGUGGAGAAACCAGGAGAAGGCUGUACUCUGAGGCCGCCUGGGCCUUUCCUCAAAGGUGGAGGUGAACUGGAGUUCUGGGGAAGAAAGUGCUGUGUUCUCUACUGCUGAUCGUGGGCAAGUCCUUUUAGAACUGGCGGGAUCCAUCGCACAGCUGGGAGGACACAGAACUUUCAUCUCCACCCCAGCCCCACUGGUACGUCUCAAUUACAAAAACAUUCAGUUCAACCUGCAUAUUUAAGAGCAAAAGUAGCCAAAAGGAAUUGAAAUAUCUGGAGGAAAAGGAAUUUUCACCAAGAUAUGUCCUCUCCCUCCCCUAGAGUUUGGGGGCUUCUGCUUUUUCAUUGUGUUGUUCUCAUCUGCAUCACACCAGUCUCUUCUGCUAAGCCUGUCACAGAACCGAAGUCUGGACCCGAAAGGCAGCCGCACCGAGCGAUGGGGACAGCUCACAUUGCCCUGACCGCAUAAUUGUGGCGUCGGUAGCUUCCCAAAUACUGUAUGUACCUUGAACAAGGGUUCUCGUUUUGUUUUUAUUAGUAGCCUAAGGGAAUUAAAAGUUUUUAUUUGCUAUUUCCUUUGUUGUAUUUUCUGUACUAUAACUGUCUACAGUAUGUCUUUUGCAUAAAAUGCAUAAGGGUUUGGGGAUGUAAAUGGAAUUUUAUUCAUAUUUUGUCCAAAUACCUCUUGUAAUUUGUAUCAAAAUUCUUGUACAAUUUUUAUAUUAAAGAUUUAUCAGUCACUG